GCAACUAACUUCAGUCUAUCCGACGCUGUCAUUUACACACGUCAAAAAUGGAGGAGGAACGUCUUUUCGAUGAAAGAGUUUCUAUUAGAGAUUCGGCUCGCCCUCUUAAAAAAUAUGGAAGUACUUGCAAUCACAUGAAAAGGAACGAAGAAUACAUCAAGCAUGUGAUGGCGAAAGGCGAUACUUUGCAAGGGCUUGCCCUCAAAUAUGGUGUUACCAUGGAGAAAAUUAGGCGGGCGAAUCGUCUAUUCGCUACGGACAGUUUGUUUUUGCGGGAGUAUUUAUUGAUUCCCGUCACCAAAGAUUCUCCUUUCUAUGAGAACGGUGAGCGGGUGACGGAGCUGCCCCCGCCGAAUCACCGGGCGUCGAUUGCUGGCAUGCCCACCGGGGACUUCUCCCCUGGCAGCCCAGACGAGAAGAAGAGCUUUGACGAGUUCCUCAACAGACUGGACUCCUCCCUCGCGGAUAUCAAGAAACAUGUAGAGAAGACUAAGGAAACUAGCGAAUUCGUAAAAGACCUGGAAGACGGCUUCGUCCGCCACCGGCCGACGGCUCGGCUCCGGCAGUCGGCGUCCAUGGGGGCGUCGACUUCGUACAACGAAGUGAUACCGCCCCCGCUUCCGCCCCCACCGGUGGGGCUGACCCAGGGCCGGCGCGUCGACACCUCGCUGCGCCGUCUGGAGCGGGCGCAUGAUGACCUGUUCCAGUUGUAGCGGCCGAGGCAGCGCAGGUAUGCGCGGUUACAAUGAACGCGACGCGCCUGCGCUGUGCUGACGUCACAGCGGUCGUCGUCGGUCACGCAUCGGUCGCGUCGCGCGAUCGUGUCGCUGAUCAGUCGAACACUCAAGUACAGUCGGUGAGUCAGUCGUGAGGGCACUAAGUGAUAUUAGAUUACUAUUCUUUAUGAAAGUGUGAGAAAUCUAUAGGAAAUAGUCAGGACUGGCUGUUUCUGGUUUUGUUAUAAAUAUGUGAAUAUUUGGUCGAGAAAUAGUUUAUUGGUUGAAAGCAAUCCUGGCUAUAUUCCUAUAGUAUUCAUCCAACAUUAUUGCAUCUAUAAUUUUAUAUUAAUUAUGGAGAACAAAAACUGAAUCUACUGAAUUAAUUGUUUGUAAUUAAUUUGGGUUUGUUCAACCAAUCUAUUAGUAAAUGAAAAUACCAAUAUAUUGUACCGGUGAACUGUUUGUAACCUAAAUAAAUAAGAUUGCUCUAGAAAUCGCCGGUGAUAAGAUAAUGCUUUGUUUUGAUUUGUUUCUCUAAUGUAGGCCGUUGCGGCAACCAAAUUAAUAUUAUUCAAGAAUAAUAUUCGGCAUGUUAACAUGGAAUAUAUACAUAAAUAAUAUCGAACACAUGUUAAUUUAUAAUGUGGGAAACUAAACUCUAAAAUUAGAGGAGACACUUAUUUUCAUUAAUAUUUUUUCCUUCUGAAUUUUUAAUUUCGUUUGAAGAAUAGAUCUUGAAUUUGUAAGUUUGUCAUUUAAACUUUGCUACACAAUAUUAAUAUCCCUUGCAUUAUAGAAAUUGCGUAAAAAGUUGAGUAAUUAUUAAAAUUUUCUAAACGAGGUUUGAAGAUAUUAUAGAAAUCCCGUGUAUAUCCCAAAAUAUAAUAUAAUCAACUGCGUUAGUUUGACAUGACAAUACAUAUACAGCGGGUUACUGAUUUCGCAGAUAGUAAAUGUAAUUCACAAACGUAAUGGAUACAACAGAGUAACGUAUAUGCGUCAUAGUAAUAAAAAUGACUGCAUUAUGUGUGUCUUGUUAUCUGGCUUUUCUCCUUCACUGAUUGUUCUCAUAUCGUGUAUCAAAGUUAUCAUCUGAUGCACUGCGUCUUUCAACUAUCUUUCUUUUCAUAAAAAAUGUAUCUGAAAAUAUUAAGCUGUGUCCAGACUUUACGAGGCGUAUACCACGAACGAUGCCCCGAUACAAGCUUAUGUUGGUAUAAUUUUUCACCACAAAGCACGUUGUGUUCGUUGCCGUUCGUAGCAUUUGCGUCGCAAUGUAUGGAUCCACCUUUAUCGAAUUGCUCGCACUGUUAUAUAGUAAAUAAUAUUUUGUGUAAGAAAUCUCAGCCUCACGCGACUCAUCGUCUAAACGUGAUAUAAAUUAUGAUACAUAAUAAUGUAAUGUUAUUGUAAUAAUAUAUCGAUAGUAUAUUACACUGCAGGAGUUUGAAAAUGUUUGAACAAGUUAUAUUCUGUGUGUAAUACAAAUGUAUUUGAGAAUAACGUUUAUUACCAGGAUUCCGACUAAAUGCUAUUUUUUUAAAUCCAAUGCUGAUUUAUUCCCUCUUAUAAUAUUUUGUCACCAUUUAUAAUUUUACAAGAUUGAUAUAAUAUUUUGGUAAUAAAAUUAUUAUUUAUGUUAAUUUAUUCUCAAAGUCGUCUGGCCAAACAUUUUCAAAUUCCGUGUGAAACGUCCCUAUAUCCGUUUUAAUUAUUGUAUAAAUUAUGAAUAAAUAACUCGUGAGGCACUAAAUAAUUAUGUACGUGUUGUUGAGCUUAAAGUUUAUAUAAUAUCAAAUAAUAACAUAAAUAACCGUAAGUAGUCUAUAAUUAAGUUAUACUUUUGAUAGUUUAAGAUCUAAAUCGUUCAUGUUUUAAAGCUUAUCUUGAUGUGGAAAAGCUCAUGAUGUAUGUGAAAAAUCCGAGUAAUAAAUAGCGAAAAUUCAAUAAUAUUUAUAGAUAGCAUAAUAUACUAAAUAAAAAGUCCUGUUGAAAUAAAUUAAAGCCAAUAAAAAUGCUAUACGUACACGAAUAUCUUAUACAUUUUAUACAUAUUUGAUGUCUAUAUCUGUUAGUCGUGACUACAUGUUAAUAUAGUAACCAUCGUUUUAUAUCUCCCUUGCCAUUGACAACCACUCAACUAUGUAAAUAUGUAUAUCUAGUACAUACUUCCAGUCCUAUACCUCAUCUAUCAAAAAAUAUAAUAUGUAUUUUAAACGGUUUAGACAUAAUACAUUGUCCUAUGAAUAAAUCUUUGGCUGUAUUUACAUAAUAUAUGCUACAAAAUUAAGUAAACCGCUUAAUAUAGAAAAAAAAACCAUAAAUAUCAUGUAAAUUCACGUUUUGGACUGUUAUCAAACAUAAUGUAUUACUGAAUGCCAAAUAGAAUUGUUCAAUAGUAGUUAUUGUUACAGGCAGCUUAUCCUUGAUGCCAGAUUAGUGGUUAUUAACGGCUGUUUCCAAUAUUCUAUCUGAAAUAUGACAUUACCUGUAUUGCUAAUGUCACAAUUGGAUCUAAUUAUGUAAUAGAAUAUUUAGAUCGGCUUUAAAUAUUCAAAAUUCACUUAUACAAUAAUUCCGUUUUUUUAAUUGCAGCUAGAUCACAAUUUGGCAUCAAGAAUUAGAAGUCUAAUAAAAACUCAUCGUGUAGACUUCUACCAAAUAACGAAUAUCAUAAAUUAAUUGUUAAUAAUCGCGAGUAAAGUUUACGAUAUCAGUGCCUUGUGAUAGCUCGUAUUACUUCCAGUAGACUAGCGGUAGCAGCUAUCUAAUGUUAAAUUUUUCAAUAUCGAAUCGACUUCUCUGCAUAAGUUCGCUUUCCCACUAGCGGAUUUUUCGCUCGGUUUUUCUCGGUGGAGCGUAUAUACCAGCGACAACUGCCUGUACAAACGUUGACACUUGAAACCGCAUGACAGAUAUUUCUUGCGCUUAGAAAAUCUAGCGUUUGCGUCCGAUAAAAUCCGCUGGUGUUAAAGCGCUGUAAGCUAUCUUUGUUUAAGAUGAUAAGAGUCAUAAGUAGUUGAUCUGUUUGUAUUCAACGUCAAAAUUCGCCUCCGUUUCGACUGUAAAUUUUCUCAGGUUGGGUACUACAUAAAGUUGCUCAUUGCUGCAUAUAGCUAUUUUAUUAAUUUUACUAAAAAUGUGUAACAGGACGCAAUAACGGCAGCUAAUAUAAUAUUUGUUUCCGAUGCAUAAUUGGACAGCAAUUUCUGAUUCAUUAUCUUUCAUUACAAAACUGGUGCUAAUAUAAUUUGGUCAUAAGGAUAUAACUCAGUUAAGGAUACCUACAUUACUACAUUUUAAACAAUAUAUCAUUUAUUUUCUGACUCUUUGCAUUCUGUGAUUUAUAACGGUAAUUGAUUGGCUCAUAAUGCUUUUUUCGCAAUAAUAUACGAAAUAAAUUAUACCUAUUCAUCAAAAAAAUAUGCUGUGUGGUGUUACAAUUGAGGUCAAACGCAGCUAACCCACAUAACAUUAAAGUAUGUAAUAUAAAUAAUACUUACUACAUGUAUGCAUCUGGCCUUAUUAAUAUUAUUUUAUAUAUUUUGUUCAGAUCUUAAUAAUCUUUUUUACACUGUAAAUGUAAAAAGUGUCUAGUCUUGUAUGUGGCUUAGAUAUUAAAAACGUUAUUCAUGUUAUGUAUGUAAAAUAAAGAUACCCGUUAAUUCGUGCAUGUGAUUUUUCACUAAAAAUCCAUUUGAAAAUAUAUUUGAAUGUGUAAUGUAAGUCACUGUACAUUUCUGUAUAAAUUCGUUGUAUAGUGUGUCAAAAUUGUAUAAUAAUGAACAAUUGUUAACGCUAUUGGUUGCCUAUUAGUAUAUGCUUUUUUUAUUAUCAACCUCUUUUAUUUAUUUACGCUAGUUGAGCUUUAAUAAAACAUAUUUUAUUACUCGUUUUA